AUGCCGUGCAGUAGAGUAUCGGAUUUUCCCGCAACAGCUGACGAAAAUGAUACGAUUUUGGUGCGGCAUUUACCUGGAACACAGGCCACACAAUACGAAGCAAAGAUCGUGUGCUGGAUCUGGGAUCUUCAAGUUGGGCUUCACUCUGAUCGUGCAGUGAGCAACCUGCUGCUACAGAGACAGCGGACAGACAGCCAGGACGUUGGGGAGUAUUCUUUGGCACACGAGAGACCCUCUACCCAUCGUACAGCUCUGUGCAACCGCGGAAUAUAACUCUUCGAGACCCAGUCCGUCCCGCGACUCCACCAAAUAUACAGGUCAUGCAGAUGCGUUACACUACACCCGCCACGGCCAUCGACCAGCACAACAAGAGGUCGGUUAUGGUACGGCUCGCUCCAGCCCUCCCUACCCAUAUUCUGACUAUCCCCUCCAUCACUGCCGGCGCAAGCCACCCAGCCCCUCGUUUCCGCUACCCUCCUACCAUCCCAAACCCCUCUUUGCGUUCUCCGAGCCACUGUGCCCAACUCAACGCCACACAGCGCCUUAAACCUUCUCACGAUCGCCGUUUCAAACUCAGCACCUCAGGGAUCAUUCAUCUCCACUUUUUCACCGGCUGUAUGACUGUUUGAG